AUGAAAAAGAAUGCAAGUGUCGGUGGGCAAACUGUUUUGAACUACACCCCUAGUGCCAGUGGUGCUGCAACAGGAUCAUUAACGAGUUGGAGAUUUGACCAGAAAGAGGUGAGAUUAGCAUUGUGUGAAAUGAUCAUUCUCGAUGAGCUGCCUUUCAUAUUUGUUGAGAGGGAGGGUUUUAGAAGAUUUGUGGAUCGUAUAUGCCCUCAGUUCCAGAUUUCUUCCAAACAGACGGUCCAUACUGAUUGUGUGAAGCUUUUUCUGGAUCGCACGGAUGUCAUCAAAUCCUUCUACCAGAAAAAAAAAAGACAUGGGGAUUGGAUUCUUCAUAAGAAGACCAUCACUUUUUGCCCCAUCCUCAGUCAUAAGGGAACCGACAUUGGUGAAAAGGUCGUCACAUCACUAAAGGAAUGGGGGUUGAAGAAUGUGUUGUGUUGUACUACUGACAAUGAAACUUCAAAUGACGGGGCUAUUAGACAUGUUCGUGCAUACCUUGACAUGAUAGAGUCUAAUGUUGUGGGCGACGAGAUAGGGAUGUCUGUGAGAAGAGUUAGAGAGGCGGUCAAGUGGGUUAAAGCCUCACCUGCAAGAAAUACAAAGUUCUUCGACUGUGUUACAGUACUGAAAACUAAUUUGUUGGGGAAGAAACAUGACAAAGAUCCUAUUGGACUGUUUGAAGCGUCGGAUUGGGUUAAUGUGCGCAAGAUCAUUGAAUAUCUAAAGGAGUUUUAUGAGUUGACGCUUCUAUUUAGUGAUGAUCGUGAGAUAAGUUCCAUGGCAGUUAAUAUAAGGAUUAAGAUUGGCAAGUAUUGGCUUGAAGAAGAAGCCAAUGAUAGUGAUAAAGAGGCUGAGGAAUCUGAUGCAAAUGAGCUCGCAGUCUAUCUCACUGAGAAGCAAUUCAAAUUGUCAAUGGAUGUGGUUGAUAUAAGUUUGAUAUUUUGCAGUGGUGGUCGAAGAAUAUAUAGUCCACAAUAUCUUAUUCUGUCUGAGAUGGCUUGGGAUAUAUUGGCUAUACCAACCUCUAGUGUUGCUUCUGAGUCAGCAUUUAGCACAGGAGGUCGUGUUCUCUCCUCGUAUAGGAGCUCAUUAGCAUCCAGUAUGGUUGAGGCAUUAAUAUGUGCUGAGGAUUGGUUGAAGAGUAGUUCAAUUAACAAAAAGGAUAAGGAAGGUGUGCCUAUCGAAGCGUUGGAAAGGGAAUUUCAAAUGGGUAAGUACACAUUGUGA